AUGCCCGACGCAUCCAUCAGCGGUGACGUCAUUGUGGGCUUCCCCGGCGAGACCGAGGAGCAGUACCAGCGCACAGAGGACCUGGUGCGCGCCAUCGGCUUUGACCGGGUCAACACCGCCGCCUACAGCCCGCGCCCCAACACGCCGGCGGCGGAGUGGGAGGACCAGGUGGCCGACUUGAUCAAGAGUGACAGGCUCAACCGCCUCAACGCGGUGGUCAUGGAGGUCGCCACAGAGCGCGCCCAGCGCUUCAUGGGCCGCGACCUGGAGGUGCUGGUGGAGGGCGUCAACCCCCGCAACCCCAACCAGGCCUUUGGCCGCAUCCGCCACAACAAGCUCGCCUAUUUUGACGGCGAUGGUGAGGCGCUGAGGGGCCGCCUGGUGUCAGUGCGCAUCGAGCAGGCCAACGCCUACUCGCUCUACGGCAGGAUCGUGGGGGACGUCGCGCCGCGGGAUCCCCUCAGGUUUGGGACGGCGGCGGAGCAGCAGCAGCAGCAGGGGCAGCAGCAGGGGCAGCAGCAGCAGUUGGUCGGCGCGGCGUGA